AUGGAUGUUGUCAUUUUAAGCGAUUCGAACGAAUCUUCAGACGAAUGCGUUCAACUAAAUUCGAAUAAUAAAACUUUACCUGAUGAUUCAAGCGAUUUUGAAUUUCCUGAAAUAAACUUUUAUCAUAUUAAUGAAGACAAUGUAGGCGGAUCACAAGAUGCAAGCUGUUCCUCUAAUUUUAACAGCAAUGCACCAUCAUAUCAGACCAAUAAUGAUAAACAUACUGCCAGUAACAAACAUUUCAAACAGCAUAAUGUUAGAAAGUUUUUGUAUAAUACUUCUGAUUCAUGUAGCUCAGAUGAAGAGAAUAGAAAUAAAAAGAGGCAAAGGAAAGAUAAAAGUACUAUAGAGAAAAAAAGUAGAAUUCAAAUAAAUGAGGAGAAAUUGAAGAAACAGGAACAGUUAAAGAGAGAGAAAGCACUGAAAGCAAUUGCAGCUAAAAAAUUAAAAAAUAUAAAACCUAGUGAAUGUAUGAAAUUUAUAGAAGUUACUGUUGAUGAAGCCAUUGCGAAUUUUACUUGUAUUACAGAUGUAACAGAUACAUUGAGAGAUGCUGAAGUCAAAUGUACCGUUAAAACGAAAUUUAUUUCAAAUAGCAUUACGUGGAAAAGAAAUAUUGAAAAUAGUUAUGUUAAUGAUGACAAUGAAAUACAUACAAUAACAGAUGUUGAAAAGGUUAGUCAAAUAUUGAUAAUCUGGAAUUGGGAUGAGGUAGCAACAAAAGUAACAAAUGGUGACUUUUGUACAUCUAUUGCUAACAUUAAAUGCUCAUUACCAGAUUACAAAAUAACAUUAGUGGUUUAUGGUAUAGAAGAUUAUUUUUCCUACAGAGAACAAGGAAAAAACUCAGAUAAAAGUGGAACAAAAAAGAAAACACAAAAAACUUGUACCGAAAAGUAUCUUCAGUUAUCUAAAUAUUCCUAUGACAUAUCAAGGAAACAACUUGAGAUAUAUCUCAAUGAAAUACAAAUUAUUGCAGAUUGUAGCAGUAGAUUAAUUAAUAAUUCUCAAGAUCUGGCAUUGAUGAUAUAUCAAUAUACAAAAGCUAUAGCAGAAGUACCAUAUAAAUUAAAAAAAAAUAAAAAUUUAAUAAAUAAAUUUGAUUGGUAUGUAAUGGGAGAUAAUAGAAAUACUGUGAAAGUAGAUAAAAAUGGAAAUGGACUGAAAAGAUUAUGGCAACAACAGCUUUGUCAAUUUAAUUUGAGCAGUCUUGAAAUUGCAGAAGCAAUUUGUUCUAUGUAUCCAAGUCCUGCACAUUUAAUAGAAAUUAGAAGAGCAGCUGGACCAUUUACAACUGUACGUAAAAUUGGCCCAGAAUUAAGUAAAAAAAUCUACUUAAUGUUCACAUCUAAAAAUGGUGAAAUUGUAUUAAGUUGAAUAUAUUUUUAACAAAGUUCAAUAAACGUACAAAUAGAAAUAGAUAGCUCUUUGUUAUUCUAUUUUCAAUAUCUCCAACUAAAAAAUUAUAAUUCACUAUUUUAUAUAAUUUCCUACUUAUUUCAUGAAUAUAAAAAACGCGGAAAUUAUUCAUAUCUAUAUAUUGUACAAAUGAAUAAUAUUAAGUACAUAUAAAAGCUUUAAUAACUUUUUAUGUAUUAACUGUUUAAAAAUCUAGCGCACAAUUUGACUAAAUGAAAAAAUAAAACUUAUUAAUAAAAAAUGUUUUAUAGAUAUACUGUUAUACAGAUAUAUUCUUUCUUUUUUUUGUUUAUGAAUUAGUCCAAUUUUGCGCUAGAUAUUUUUGGAUAUCUUAUAUAAUAUGAAAUAUAAUAUUUUUCUAUACCAAAGGUAUAUACAAUACAUUUGUUUACAACAAAUUUAACUAUGAUAGUCGGUUAAUAAAAGUAAUUUUCUAACAUUUUUACAAGUAUUUAUUAAACAUAAAGUAUCUAAAAAUUUUUUAUAAAAAGAAAAGGACUUCAACCAUUUCAUAUCAAUUUUUCUCUACUAUCUUACAAUAAAAAAUAUAUAAAUGAUUAAAUGCAAUCUAAAUGAAAUUGUUUGUAAAUAUUCAAUACAAUUUCUACUAAAUUAUUAUUAACAUACAGACUAAUAUUACAUAACUCUCACAUAAUAAAUUUUUUACACGCAUUCCUCAUAUAUAUUCUCACCGUUUAAUGUUACAAGUUACUUCUUAAAAAAAAAAAAAAGAGAUACGAAAUAUAUUCAUCUGACAACUGACUCAUCAAAAAUGUAAUUAAAUUUCAAAUACGUUGAUAGAAAUUUUACACAAAUAUUUAUGAAUAUAUACUAUAUGUAUCAAGAUAUAUAAUUUUUAUUAAUUAUUGAUAAAAUUUUGAUAAUUGGAGUUAAAAAAAUAAGUUUGAGAAUUGAUUGAAAAAAAUAAAGUUAUUUUUUUGUUUUUAAAUUUUCUUUUGAAAUUGUCAUGAUGUGUUUCUUUUGAGACUCCAAAUUCAUAAAAGAAGUUACAUGCGAAGUGAUUAAAAAUUCAAAUUUAAAAUUUAGAUUCUAAAUUAAUAAGAUUACUUUAUAGUAGUACAUUUUAUAUUAGUUAAAAGCAUUAUGAUACUUUUUAGUCUCUUUUCCUAUUAACAUGCAUUUUAUUAAAUAAAACAUAACAUUGAUGAAUAACUUUACUGUAUGUGCUUAUAUUAUACGUAUAUAUUUUUCACAAACACAGUAUAAAAAUUUGUUAUAAAUUUCGUUGGUAUUGAUUUACAAACAUAAAAUAUGAUGAAUAUUAAAAAUGAUUACAAAACUUUGUAUUUGACUUAAAAAUGCAUGUUGACAGUCAAAAGACACUUAUUACGAUAUAUGUAACAGCAAUUUUGUUUUAGUAAACUUUAAUGAAUAUUGUAAUUUAAUAAUAAUGAUGAUAAUGAUGAUGAUAAUAAUAAUAAUAAUAAUAAUAUAAUAAUAAUAAUAAUAAUCAUGAUGAUGAUGAUAAUGACAAUGAUAAUAACGAGAUAUAUUUGUAAGCAAAUUAUGCAUAGUGUAAUGAUAUUUUUUGUGAUACUAUUAAUGUUAUGAAUGAUUUAUUCAAUAAUAUUCAUUUAAACAAUUUAACUUUUCAAUAAAAUACCAGUUAUUGAACAAUAUUUGACAAUGACUUAUCAAUUUCUUUUAAUUUAUAAAAUGAUUUUAAACUUAUAUGUAGUAAAAAAUAUUUUAGUAAUGAAAUAUUUAAAUAAAGGGAAGUCGGUUACGUGUAAGAAUAAUAAAAUAAAAUCUAGGAUAAUAGUUCAUGCCUAAUGCAGUUGGCUUCCUAUUCUAGGUUGCAGUUUUAAAAUAGUGUUUAGUAAUUAAGAUGAUAACUUAUUGUUUAUUUAAAAUAAGAUGCAAAUAUAUAUAUUAUGAAUAUACGUAAAAAGAUAUUUCUUGGCACUGAAACUUUAAUUUUUACUAAAAUAUAGUAUGAAAGAAAUCAUUUAUGUUUGAAAUAAAUGCUUUAAUAUUAACAUAAGACAAAAAUAUUAUUAUCUUAAAUUGAUGAUGUAAAUACUUGUUAAAGGCAAAUAAAAUCCAAUCAAUUUGUUAUACAAAUUUACUUAAUAUGCACUAAUUAUUGAUUUCUGAAAUUUAACAUGUUUGUUACCAAUCAUUUUUUGUAUUUCAAAUAUAUAUACUCGAAUAUUUAUUAAUUUUAUAUCACAUUAAAUCAAUGUAACAGGAGUAUAAAGGUAAUAAGAAUUUAGUCUCUUUUAUUUAUGAAUUUAGGAUGAAAUAUAUAAACUUUAUAUAUAUAACUAAAAAAUGAAACUUGGAUUUUGAUCUCUUAAAUUUUGAAAUAACUAAAUUCAACAUAUUUAAGAAUGAACUAAAGGUUAAUAUUAUAAAGAAUAGGAAGCCAAUAAUGCUUUUGUGAAACAACAGUACUUAAUUUAUUAUCUUUAUACUCAUCUAAAAUCAUAAUUUUAAAUCCACCAUAAUUUAUAGUUCACUCGCACACACAUUCAAGCAUUUGGCAGGCAAGAACCUAAGAAAAUCUAA